AUGGCCUCGUCCUCCAAUGCCAAAGUCGGCCCUAUCAAUACACUAGGCCCUGGCACUGGCUACCUUCGCCCGGAGCUUCGGGAUCUAAAAGUCAUUGGCGUCGAAGAGCAUGUUAUUUUCCCGGAUCUGACCGCGCGAAUUCCUCAUGAAGGCCUUGCUGUUCAUGCUAAAGAGGUUUUCGGUCAGCUUGUCAGUCAUGAAGCUAUGGCAUAUGCCCGCGGCCGCUCUACCGACAUUGGUGGCCAGCGGAUUCAGGAUAUGCAAGAGGGUGGAAUUGCGAUGCAAAUCCUCAGCUUGGCUGGGCCUGUCAAUUGCAUGCAGAUGGAGCCCGAGCCCGGGGCAGCCUUGGCGCGAGACAUUAACAACGAGCUCAAAAAGGCUGUUGAUAUGCAUCCCGAUAAAUUCAAAGCUCUCGGAGAAUUGCCUUUUCAUGCGCCAGAAAAGGCCAUUCAAGAGCUACGUCGUUGUGUGAAGGAACUAGGGUUCGUUGGUGCGAUGAUGGCUGGUUCAGUUGGCUGCACUGGUAAAUUCCUCGAUGAUCCGGAAUUUGACGGCCUCCUCACGGAAUUCGAAGAAUUGGAUGUACCGCUGUACCUGCACCCGGGAAUCGCACCCCCUGCAGUCAUUGAUGCAUACUAUUCGUUCCCGGGCAAACCGAAACUUUCUGCCACUCUCGCUGGUAUGGGAUGGGGUUGGCACAAUGAAGUCGCUAUUCAUGUUCUCAGACUCGCCAUAUCAGGAACUUUAGAGCGUCAUCCUAACCUCAAAAUCGUUGUCGGCCACCAGGGUGAAAUGCUACCUAUGAUGAUUCAACGUUUCGAUGCCAUGUUUGAUGCAGAGAUCUUCGGUUUAAAACGAAGCGUCGCAGAAACAAUGCGACGUCAAGUCUGGCUGGCAAUUUCAGGUCUCUUCUCCCUGCCUCCAACGCAGAUUGCCAUCCAAACCUGGGGGAUUGACCGCAUCCUUUUUGCCAACGACUAUCCUUACAUUGAUGCGCAGCGAGCUCCGGGCUUCAUCCGCGCUUUGGGCGAUGUGGUUGCCCCGUCAGAUCUGCGCAAAAUUUGCCAGACAAACGCAGAGCAAUUGUUCAAGUUUUUGGCUUGA